GAGAUAACCAGGCAGCCAGCCUGCGCUCGCGGAUCGUCCGUCUGCAUUAUUGGGAUAACUCCAACCUAAAACACGCUCGUUUUGUCUUCUUUUUAUUCUUCUUCACGGGAUAGUUAGGACUUCUCGCAUCCUAUAUCCCUCGUGGUCUUUCUGAGGGCUCAUCGCCAUGUUUUUCAGGUGGAUCAUCAGCUUCAUCCUCCUGGGCGUCCCGAUCGGGGUCACCAUCGGUAUUUUGCGGGGAAUCGAUUUGCAUCGCGAGGCAACGGGACAAGAGCCCUUGUUCGGUCACAGUAAUGGAGACGGUGGUGGUAUAAUCGGCGGAGGCAGUGGUGGUGGCAUCUCUGGAGGAGGAGGAGGAACAGGAAACCCCAAGGACAACGGCAUCACCAAGUCCCAGCUCUGCCAGAAAUCUUACGGCGUUCAACCACCGACCAAAGGACAGCCGUACAUCUUGAACCCCAACCAGUGGGGGUGGACAGAGAGCGACGGAGGCGGAUUAUGCUUGAAUGUCACCACCUUCAAUAACGGAUCCUACGCUACAGACACCACAGCGCCAGAGUUCUCCGUAACAUGGAGCUACACUCCUGGCCCCGAAACCCAGCCCGUACGAGCAUUCCCAAAUAUCAUGAUCGGCGGUGACACCCUUCCAAUUGCCCUUCAGGAAGUGAAGAGCGUCAACAUCGACAUGCGCUGGACAUACGGAGUGGGCGACGAGCCGGCAGCAACAACGGACGCCACCGAUCUCGCCCAGGACUCGCUCAACACCAACGUUGCCAUUGAUAUGUUCCUGGAUCCCGAAAAGGAAAACGCCGGAAACAGCACCCUGGCCAAAUACGAAAUCAUGAUCUGGUUUGCAUUUUUCGGUAGUGCUACUCAACCCAUCGGUCUGAAACAAGGCUCCGUCACGAAUACAGUCCUGAACGGCACUACAUUUGACCUUUACGCCGGCACGAAUAGUCUUGGACAGAGCGUCCUGACAUGGACGGCCACACCAAAUCCAACCGAUGAAUUCACCGGCGAUAUCUCUCCCCUCAUCACGAAGCUCUACUCCAUGAACAAACCCGGUUACCCCUCUGAAUCGGACUACCUGGGCCAUUUCAGUUUGGGUUCUGAGACAUUCUCUGCUACCAAGAACGUUACGUUUUAUGUACCAAAACUAUCCAUAGACAUUGAGAAAUAGUGCAUCCGGCGGGUAUUAUUAUUGGGGAGAAUUAAUAGUAAUUUUUUAGGGCGUUUUCUUCAGUUACGAAUUGAAAUGGGAUUUAAUGCUGGAAGUUUAAGUUAAUCAAUUCAUUGCCCUAGGCUUGAG